CUGUCGUCUCAUGCCUGUGAAAAAAAACAACAUGGAUAUGAGAGAGUCCUGCUGGAGAGCUGCGAUCAGUCAGUCCUCGGCCAUUUGAUCCGCUGGAGCUGAAAGGACGCACAGACGCGGAUCUAAACUCACCUGAUCCAUAUGUGUGCGUCAGGUAAACGCUGAACCGAGCUCGAGUCACCGUCUGGACACUUUUCAGUGCAGCUGACCAAAAGAACAGUAUUCACCAUUACUACUUCCUCCAAAGCCCUCGUUUUCCAGUACCAUGAGUGGUCAACCACGGAGGAUCCGUCUGAAGCCAUGGCUGCUGGCCCAGAUUAACAGUGGGAAAUACCCAGGACUACACUGGCUCAAUCAAGAACGCAGACUGUUCCGGAUCCCAUGGAGACAUGCCACCCGCCAUAUGCCUACCCUGGAGGAGGAGAACACUAUAUUUAAGGCUUGGGCUCUGGAAACAGGCAAGUACCAAGAAGGAGUAGAUGACCCAGAUCCAGCCAAAUGGAAGGCCAACCUCCGCUGUGCCCUAAACAAAAGCCGAGAGUUCGGACUCCACUACGAUGGCACUAAGGACACCCCCGUCCAGCCUUAUAAGAUCUAUGAGGUGUGCGACCAGUCAGUCAAUGGAGAUGCUGGAGAUGAUGAGGAAGAGGAGCUACAAAACUUUGUCAAACUCUCCAUUGACCCUUCCAGCUACUCCUAUCCUCCUAGAGUCGAUGUUCCGUUCACCUCUUCUAUUGCCGACGGCUAUAAUCCCACCCACCAUAACCCUCCAAUGAACCUCUUAGGAGAAGUUGUCCACAAUAACCCCAGUGGAGGUGCUUCUAUGACCUCUCACCUCUCCCAGCCCAGCACUGGACCUUCGGCUGGUUCUUUGGCUGAAUUUCCCAGUCACAGGGCUAUCAAAGUUGAGCAGACGCCAUAUCCCGUUCAUGGCGGGGGACUUCCGAAUGGUCUGGGAAUGGGGACUGGAGUCAUACCACCUCCUGGUCUUCAAGAUGUAGUCACUCAUUCUGUAGGCCCUCCAGCCAUAGUGGACAGCCCAAUGCAAGAGGUGCCAGCUCAAGUGGAGAACCAGGUUCAUCCCUGCAUCUCAGAGUUGCUGAGCAGUCCGCACAUGUUACCCUUGACUGAUCUGGAUAUCAAGUUCCAGUACAGGGGUCGGGCAGCUGCUUCUUUGACCGUCAGUAACCCUCAGGGUUGUAGACUUUACUACGGUAACCUGGCUCCCACACCAGAGCAAGUAGAGCUGUUCGGUCCGGUAACACUGCAGCAGGUGCUGUUUCCUGGAACCGCAGAGGUCCAGAACGAGAAGCAGAGGUUCUACACUGAUCAUCUGCUGGAUGUGAUGGACCGAGGGCUGAUUUUGGAGAUCAGGGGACAAGAUAUCUAUGCCAUCAGGCUGUGCCAGUGUAAAGUGUUCUGGUCUGGGCCAGGUGUGCCCGAGCAGGGUCCGCCCAAUCCAAUGGAAAGAGAGAUGAAGAUCAGGGUCUUCAGUCUGAACAACUUCCUUCAGGAUCUCAUUUUGUAUCAGAAAGGAGAGACGCCCACUCCACCACCCUUUGAGAUCUACUUCUGCUUCGGUGAGGACUGGCCAGACAGGAAGCCCAAGGAGAAAAAGCUCAUCAUUGUCCAGGUUGUUCCAGUUGUUGCAAGAAUCCUUACAGAGAUGUUUUCAGGCGAGCUUUCGUGGUCGACAGACAGCAUUCGGUUGCAGAUCUCCAACCCUGACCUGAAGGACCAAACAGUGGAGCAGUUCAAAGAGCUCCACAGACUUUUGCAGAGUCAAAAUGCGCACCCCACCUGGGCUCAAAACAUCCACUAACUGAAAGAGGAAUCAAUUUUCUUCCUUUACAAAAACACCAUCUUGUUAAUUACCUGCUCAGAAUUUGAGGUCCUUUUGAACACUGGAAUAUAUAGGUGCCCUCUCUGAUGCCAUACUGAAAACAUUUCCAUUGGAGACCAAACUUGACAUUUCUUUUCCCACAUUUUUUUGUUGUUGUCUUCAUGUAAACUUGUCUUUUAAAAUGUUGUAUUUCAAUAAAUGCCAUUGCAGUAUUUUAAA